UCUGUUACAGUAACCAUAGCAACCAGCGGAGUUUGGCACUACACCAUUAACUGUUUCCCCCGAAUGAACUAAAACAUGUUUACUGCUAGCUGUACAGACGUGUUACACUUCUUGUAGCCUUCUGUGUCAUAUCUCAAAGUGACGGUCAGUGCUCAGACAGGAGAUUUAGAGACGAAUGAUAUUUAAACGAAGGUGAGGAACUAUGGAAACUGCGGACGGAAACGACAGGAGUGAACAGAGUCUAGAGGCAGCUGCAUCCUUCAAAUCCUUCAUGUUGAAAAACAGCACGAAAAGCAACAUGAACCUCUAUGACCACCUCACUCGGCUGCUGAUGAAGGUGAUGGAUGAGCGUCCACAGAAUGUGGUGGAUGUAUGCGAGGAUAUGAGCCUUGAUGUGAAACAGGGAUUGUUUGAACCCAAGCAGAGCACCCUGAGAGACCUUCCACAGACUACAGCCGCUGAGCUGCUGGCUGAGCAGCAGCGGGUGCUGUUUACUCGACCAGAAGAGACGGAUCAGGAGGAGGAACUGGUGGACACACCUAUUCCCAAUGUGAGUGAGAUUGGGUUCUACCUGGAGCAGGCCGGGGUUGGUCUGGGCAGAGAGGAGAUGCAGAGGGUCUUCCUCGCUCUCAAGCAGCUUGUUGAGGUGCAGGCAUUGAUGCGUUGCCGAUUCUGGGGCAAGAUUCUGGGAACAGAGAGGAGCUACAUCAUCGCUGAAGCCGAGUACCGAGAGGGGGAGGAAGAAGAAGAAGAAGAGCAGAGCGAAGAUGUAGCUGAGGAAGAGGAGAGAGAGGCAGAGAGCCAGGAGAAUGAGGUGGAUCCGCCGCCCCCUUCGUCCUUUAAGCCCCCGCCCGUAGUCCAAAAAGAGGUCAUAGGAACAGGUGCUAACAAGUAUGUGUACUUUGUGUGCACUGAACCUGGUCUCCCCUGGGUGAAGCUCCCGCCAGUCACUCCUGCUCAGAUCACCAUCACACGCCAAAUCCGUAAAUUCUUCACUGGAAAGUUGGACCGCCCCGUUGUGAGCUACCCACCUUUCCCCGGCAAUGAAGCCAAUUAUCUCAGGGCGCAGAUUGCUCGUAUCUCUGCUGGAUCACAGGUCAGCCCUCAGGGCUUCUUUCAGGCCGGAGAGGAGGAGGGGGAUGAGGAGGAAGAGGCGCCCCGAGACAGCUGCGAAGUGAAUCCUGACUUUGAGGGCAUUCCAGUUCCUGAGAUGUCUGAGUCCUUAUCCACCUGGGUCCACCACGUUCAGCACAUCCUCCAGCAGGGCCGCUGCUCCUGGGUCAACCUGUCUGUAAAAGCAGAAGAAGAAUCUCCUGAGGAGGAAGAAGCAGAGGAGAGGGAAGAGGAGCCCGAUGAAGCUGAGCCAGAAGUUGGACCCCCUCUGCUCACUCCCCUCUCACAAGAUGCAGAAAUGUUCAAUACGCCUCCCUGGAGCUCAAAGAUGUCGUCCAUUCUCACCAGUCAGCAUGCGAUCGCUGUUCUGCGCUCUAACCUCUGGCCGGGGGCUUACGCAUAUGCUACUGGAAAGAAGUUUGAGAACUUCUAUGUUGGAUGGGGUCUGAAGUAUGGUGGGGAAGGGUACAGCCCACCUGUCCCCCCACUGCCACAGAAAGAAUACCCAAGUGGACCAGAGAUCACAGAGUCCCUGGACCCGUCACUGGAGGAGGAGCAGGCCCUGAAAGAAGCUUUAGAAGAACAGCAGGCUGCGCAGGAGGAGGUGGAGGAUUCAGAUGAAGCGGAGGAGGAGGAGGACAAUGACUGAAAAAAAACAUUUGACAGAUUUCAGUUCUGUUUUGUUUGUCAAGUAUUUAUUUGUAAGUCAUGGCCAAAUAAAUCUGUUUACUCUGCAAAA